AUGGACCUCCUCGCGUUCGACGGUGCCAUGUCAUUAGGGGGUGCGAGAUACGCUCUCGUCAUCGUGGACAACCAUUCUCGGUAUUUGUGGGCAAUUCCGAUGUCACACAAGUCCGACACCUUUGCGGCCUUCAAAUCCUGGCUCGCAAAGGUGGAGCACUCCACGUCGUGCAAAGUCCUUGCGGUCCGCUUGGAUAACGGGGGUGAAUUCAUGUCGAACAAGUUCUCCAGAUUCCUGGACGAGCAAGGCAUUACUCGUCAGCUCUCUAUCCCUGACACGCCCCAACAGAAUGGAGUCGCCGAACGUGUGAAUCGCUUGAUCACCGAGGUGUCCGCUCAAUGCUCCACCAGUCGGGCCUACCUCACGCUUUGUGGGCCGAGGCAUUGGUGACGUACGUCUACGUCAAAAAUCGCUCGCCGCACUCUGCAAACUCGGGCACCACACCUCACACACAUUGGUACGGUUCCAAACCUUCAGCUGGCCAUCUACACGUGUUCGGCUGUCGAGCGUGGAAGGCCGUUACCACCGAGCCGCGCAGCAAGCUCAAUCCGCGAGGCAUCCCACUCUUCUUCGUUGGUUACGAUCUCGAGUCCAAGGGGUACAGACUGCUCGACCUCAACACGAGACAGGUCUUCAAGUCCCGCAGCGUCACAUUCUUUGAGGACGACUUCCCUGCUCAAGCAACGGGCAUCCGAGCGUCCCCUCUUCCUGCCGCGGGGGACGACAACAGCGGGGUCGUCAUUGUUCCCCCCGAGCACGUCGCACCCAAGCAAGUUGACCCACCGGCUGCUUUGUGUUUCGACGCCCCUGGCCCGGCCUGGCAGCCACCCGCAGGCCCACGUGCGCGCAAUCCGCUGGCUCGGUACGAAGCCCUCGCAUCCUUGCGCUCAAUGCCUUCUGCCUUUGCAUCCUCACUUGGCGACAAGGUUGUUGCGCUGGUUGCCAAUCUCGCGGAGGCCAGCAUCAAUACCUCGAAGGCGGACCGUCCUCUCUCCGAGCCCAAGGAUCCUUUCACGCUCCCCACCAGCGAUCCCAGCACUUGGAAGGAAGCCAUGCGUCACCCUCAUGCGGAAGGUUGGAAAGCUGGUGCCAUCGAGGAGUUCCGCUUGAUGAAGGACGACUACAAGGUGUUCAGCGUGGUUGACCUUGCCUCCGUUCCCAGGACAGCCACUAUAUUGCCGAGUCGCCACGUGUUUCGGACCAAACGCGAUAAGGCGGGCAAAAUGGUGUCAUUGAAGAAUCACAUCAUAGCUCAGGGAUGCGCACAGCAGGCAGGAGAUUUUGACGAGAUGUUUGCACCAACGGCAAAGUUCACCUCCAUUUGCGCUCUCGUCGCGCACGCAGCCUCCAGGGGCCACCGCAUCAUACAAGCCAACGUGGACAAGGCCUACCUGCACGGCGUCCUGGAGGAAGAGAUCUACAUGCGCGUCCCAACUGGCAUCAAAGGAUAUGACGGCAAGUGCCUCCGCCUUCACCGUUCCAUCUACGGGCUCGAGCAAGCUGGUCGAGUCUGGAACGACACAAUCAACGCCACCCUAGCAAAUCUCGGCUACCGCCGCCUUGCCUGCGAUGAAUGCAUUUACAGGUGUGCCAACGUUUCGGGUGUCAUGAACCAGUAAUCCUGCAAUUCCUAGCUUGCUUCACUGGGGGUUGGCCAUACAUAGUACCAAGCUGUCCACUCCUUUCAGAGUGGAUAUUGUACCUUUUUGAGGUCAGUGUAGGCUAGUGGUAAAGCUUGGAACCGCUCCUGACAUCGGGUGAUCACUACAUUGCGCUCUACGUAGAUGACCUCCUCUUCUUUGGUCCCGACCUUGGGGAGAUUGAUCGAGUCCUGGAUCAACUCGACAACCUUUACGGCGUAAAACGUCUCGGCCCGGCCAAAUGGAUUCUAGGGGUUCAGGUCGUCCGGCAUGAUGAUGGCGGGAUCACCCUCCUGCAGUGCCAAUACCUUGUCAACGUGUUGGCUCGUUUUGGCAUGUCCAAUUGCAAUCCCUGCAAAUCACCAAUGGAGGCCAACCUCCAGCUGUUGCCCAAGAUUGAUCCCGAUGAAGCCGACAACUCAACCUAUUGUUCUAUGAUCGGCUCCCUCAUGUACGCCGUUGUUGCUACCCAACCCAAUCUUGCACACACUGUGGGGUAUCUCUCUCGGUUUGUUGGCAAAGCGGGGGCAGCGCAUCUCGAGGCUGUCAAACGCGUCCUUCGGUACAUCAAAGGCUCGCUCGAUCUGGGCAUCCACUACGUGGCUAACAACGAACCCUUGCUGGGAUACGAGGGGUACUCUGACUCAGACUGGGGAUCCGAUGUGAACACAUCGAGGUCAAUGAUGGGCUACUUGUUCAAACUGUCUGGUGGCACGAUAUUGUGGUCAUCUCGUCUCUAACCUUGAGUGGCGUGUUUGUCUACGGAAGCAGAGUAUCUGGGUCUUUUGCACGCUGCCAAGGAGGCAGUCUUCCUUCGCUCGCUCCUCACCGAGCUCGGCCUUGACACAUCGUCGCCUCUUCGUCUGCUUGGGGACAAUCAAGGCGCUAUCGCGCUCACCCAGAACCCGGUCUUCCAUGCUCGCACCAAACACCUUUGCAUGUUGGAGCACUUUGUUCGGGAGCAUGUUUGGAAUGGAGAGAUCUCAGUCUCCUACAUCCCUACCCAUGACAUGGUGGCCAAUAUCUUUACCAAGCCGCUGCCUCGAGCGACUUUCCAGCGUCAUUGCGACGCUAUUGGCCUUUGGCAAAUUUCAGGCCAAGAGCAAGGGGGGGUGUUAAAGUAA